AUGAACGAGUCUGCACCAGCUCCCUCGGGGUCAUCACCACCCGGCGCGGGUGUGGGCAAGGCUCUGCACCUGCCGCAGACGAACAAGCAGCUGCAAGGAUGGCAGCACUCGUUGGCCGGAUCCCUUGGCGGUAUGGCCGGUGCGAUCGUGACCUCGCCCUUUGAUGUCGUCAAGACCCGCCUCCAGUCCGACAUGUUCAGGGGUCCGCAACCAGGAUCCUCCAUCCAAGGUGCUGCGAGUGGUGCGGCCAGCGUCAUGCGUCACGAGGCGACUGUGACGGCCAAGGAAACGGCAAUGAAGCGCGGGUUUGCUUGGCAGUUUGUUGACACCCUCUACCUCAUCCGGCGGAUACAGGUCGAGGAAGGAUGGCGCGCUCUCUACAAGGGCCUGGGACCAAGCUUGGGAGGCAUCAUUCCCGCCCGCGCGAUCAAUUUCUACUUCUACCCCACCUCCAAGGCGUUCCUCGCCAAGCACUUCCCGAACGCGCCCACAGAAAAAGAAGGGCAGACGGCCGAGGACUCGCCGCUGAUCCACCUUGGCGCGGCGGUGGUUGCUGGAGUCAUGACUUCGACUGGAACGAACCCCAUCUGGGUGGUCAAGACACGGUUGCAGCUGUCGGCGAAGAAGCGCGAAGUGACGGGCGGCAGGCAUGUCUCGCCAUCCGCGUGGGCCGAGACAAAAAACAUUUUGCGCACCGACGGCGUCCGCGGCUUCUACCGCGGCCUGUCCGCCAGCUACCUCGGCGUCUCGGAGGGCGUGAUCCAGUGGGUGCUGUAUGAGCGGUUGAAGCGCAUCGGGCGGUCGAAGAGCGUCUCGCUCGACGACGAGAAGACUGGCAUCCUGUCCUACGUGGGCAGCAUCGUUGGCGCGUCUGGCGGUGCCAAGGCCGUCGCCUCGCUUAUCACCUACCCCCACGAGGUUAUCCGCACGCGUCUCCGUCAGCCCCACGACGGCAAGCCCAAGUACACUGGCUUGCUGCAGACACUCAAGCUCAUCGUCAAGGAGGAGGGCGCGGCCAGCUUGUACGGCGGUCUUACCGCUCACAUGUUCCGGGUUGUGCCCAACGCCGCGUGUAUGUUCCUCAUCUACGAACUGGUCGCGGCCAAGCUUGGAUCAUAA